CUGGUUUCCAAUUGAUUCGGCAACAAGGAAACUCAGGUGCGAGCGGAGGCCCAGAAGUUCUGCGCAGGUUAGUGGGCGCAUGCGCAGCGCGCGCUGUCGCGAGCUCGCCCGGGGCGAGUAGAACUGCCAGAUACUAUUGCCAUAUGAAGUUGAACAUGGCAGAAGAAGAGGACUAUAUGUCUGACUCCUUCAUUAAUGUCCAAGAAGAUAUCAGACCAGGAUUGCCAAUGCUGAGGCAAAUCCGAGAAGCCCGUCGAAAAGAAGAAAAGCAACAGGAAGCUAAUUUGAAAAAUAGGCAGAAGAGUUUAAAAGAAGAAGAACAAGAAAGACGUGAUAUUGGGUUGAAGAAUGCACUAGGCAGUGAAAACAAAGGGUUUGCUUUGCUCCAAAAGAUGGGAUAUAAAAGUGGUCAGGCCCUUGGCAAGAGUGGAGAUGGUAUUGUUGAACCAAUUCCUCUCAAUGUCAAAGCAGGGAAAAGUGGCCUCGGGCAUGAGGCAUUAUUAAAACGGAAAGCAGAGGAGAAAUUAGAAAGCUACAGAAGAAAGAUUCACAUGAAAAACCAAGCUGAAGCAAAAGCUGCAGAACAGUUUAGAAUGCGACUUAAAAAUAAGCAAGAUGAAGUGAAGCUAGAAGGAGAUCUUAGAAGAAGCCAGCGAGCCUGUCAACAGUUGGAUACUCAGAAGAAUAUUCAAGUUCCCAGGGAGGUAUGGUACUGGUUGAGGCUUGAAGAGGAGACUGAAGAAGAGGAAGAGGAAGAAAAAGAACAAGAUGAAGAUGAAUAUACGAGUGAAGAUUUAAGUGUACUGGAAAAAUUACAGAUAUUGACAAAUUAUUUAAGAGAAGAACAUCUGUAUUGUAUUUGGUGUGGAACAGCCUAUGAAGAUAAAGAAGACCUGUCUUCAAAUUGCCCAGGACCAACUUCUGCAGAUCAUGACUAAGAUUAUUCUCAAUAAAGUAGAAACUUGGAAAAUGUUAUUGUUUCCUAAAGAUAGACAAUUGAGCAGUUGGAAUUCUCAAGUUUUUGAUGUCAGUAAAGAAAGAGGCCCUUUAUAUGUUUUGUUCUUUUUGUACUUUGGAAAUACUUUGUACUUUAGAAUAUAAUUGUUCACUGACUUCAGAAAAAUAACAGAAGGCUAUUUCAGAACACAAGUAUUAUAUACAUGGGCAAUUACAAUUUAUGACUCCAUUGUGAUGCUUAUGGGGUUUAAGGACAUUAACAGGUCACUCUCUUAUUCCCCUCUUCACUUCAGAACAAAGUGAGAAAUAAGACAUGGGAGUCAGAGAGAUCAAACUGUCGGCUUUAUUAUUGAUGAAGCUGAAAUAGAGAGCAAGGUUGACGUGUUCUCCAAUCAGUCUCCCUAAUAUAUCUCCCUGGUUGGAGAGAACUGCAGACCCUUGCCUUGCAGGGACAGAGCCCAUCUUUGCAUUCUGAGACCAGGUAGCUCUCAAGGUAGAGAACCCACCAGAGACUGGGCCACGCAUGCUCAGUUCCUUCUCUCAAAAUCACUCAUGAGAUAAGACACCUCUCUGUUGAGAGGCAAUGAAUGAGAGUUCACAGAGCUGCUCUCCACACUUCUCUCUCCCAAGGAGCAAGAAGAAGUCCCCUUCCCUCCAUGCAAGCAUGAGGAGGAUGAGAAAAGUAUUCCCCUCAGUAAGACUGAUGUCAGGGGCAAUGUUCCAUUAACACUACUUAAUUCUAAUCAGUUUUAGAAUCAAAAUCAAUUAUACUUCCGGUAAACCAGUGAGUUUUCAUGGCAAUGUGUAUAUCCAUUCUAAGUGAUCUAUUGCACAUUUUGGCUAAAUAAACUUAAGAAUUGGGAGCAACCUUAAAUAUCGGGUGAUCCAACUAGUUACUGAAUUUGGGAGCCCCUUGACAACAUUCCCAGCAGGUGGUAGUCCACAGAGAGCUCACUGCCUUAAGAUGGGUAGCACUAAGUGAUUUUUAAAGUUAUUUUUCUGUCUUAAGCUGAAAUCUGCUUCCCUGUAAUUUAACCAAAUACAGCUAAGGACAUAAUAUGGCACACCUCUAAAGAGCUCCACUCAAGGUUGGGCAUCAAAAUCAUGAACUUUUAUUUUUUUAAUUUUUUUUAAUUUUUAUUUUUGCUGAGGAAGAUUCACCCUGAGCUAACAUCUGUGCCAGUCUUCCUCUAUUUUGUAUGUGGGUUGCUGCCACAGCAUGACUGACAAGUGGUGUAGGUCUGUGCCCAGGAUCCAAACCCUCAAACCCAGGCCGUCGAAGUGGAGCAUGCCGAAUUAAACCACUAUGCCAUGGGCCGGCCCCAAUCGUGAACUUUUUUUAAAGUUCACAAACUCAAGUGCCUCCCUAGUGAUUUUGAUAAGCACCUGUGGAUGAGAACUAGUGCUGUAGGUUAAAUGUAGAGCACUACUGUUCUUUGGAUGGAGUUGUGACCCCACCUGUACAAUUUUACAGCUCAUCCUUCAUAAGCAUUGAGCAAGAGAUCAACUUCUCCCUUUUAUUAGAAGCAGCAUACACAAGAACACAGCAAAACCUAACCUACAUGUGCACAAAUUAAGAUAAUCAGUAAUACAAUUUGUAUAGCCUCUGACCUAAUAUGACCUAAUUCACUUGUUCUCAAGUUAACUUGGGGAGCUGUAAAAAAUGAUAAUAUAAAGGUCCCACACGGAGAGAUUCUGAUGUAAUUGGUCACUGUGGCCUGUGCAUCACUACCCUUGAUUCUAAGAUGCAGCAGAGCUUGGAACCACUAACCUAGUUAACUUCUGGGCCUCAGUUCUUCAUCUAGAAAAAUGAAUGAUUAUUUUUAAGAAUAUAAAUACAUAUAUAAAAUAUUGGAGUUUAUAUAGUUGGAUAAUACUGUUUAAUAUUUACUUUUUUGUUUAAAAAUAGUAAAAUUGUAUAAAUAG